GUGUUGCUGCUUCGCUUGUUUAGGAAAUGAUUGUUUAUUGCUUUUCUCUAGAGUUCACUUGACGUGUACAUCCAAACAAAGCUCGUUUUAUUCAAGCACGUAUAUUUAAGGCCAUGUGUAGUCAUCUUGGGCAAACGAGCCAACCGCUUCGCCUGUUUCGAACCCGAGUUGGUUUCGAAUCGCACCUUGAAGUCAGCCUCAGUAUAUAAGAUUCCUACGAAGAUACGUUUAGCAUAUGUGCUAAUUAGUGGGGCUAUGGCGAGCUCAAAAAUAAAUCAAUCUGCAAUUUUAAAAAGUCCGCAGUAUGUCACAGUCGUGUCAGGGUGACAUCUAUCACUUACAUAGCGGUUAGUCAACUCGACGAGAUGAUCAAUAGGACUAGUACGAAAAGUAGGACGUCUUCGCGGCGAACAAAUCUUUCUUUCGAACGCAGUUAAACCUCCAGAAGUGGCAGUCACCUGUCAAACGUAGUAGAAGACUUUAAGACAGGCAUCUCCUUGUGUCACUUUUGUAUCAAGCAAGGCCAUAUUUAUCGGUCGACGAUGAGUCGCACGUGACGUUAGUCCAUCAUGUAUGUACACAAACACACAUGAAAGUCGGCGUGAAUAACUGUGGCUUACCUUCCUAGCGCUCACAUGCUGACUGACAAGAUUCCAUUGGAUCCUAUCUCUCUAAUGGGAGGUCAGGAUGGUGGCAAUGUGGGCCGGUUCAAUAGUAUCGAGAUAUAGUGUUAAUAAAGUUCCUGGCCACAAGUCUUGCUCCCGGUAUAGACCCAGUUCACAUGCAGAGUAUAAAGGGCCACUGAUAUAAGCUAGUUAUUCUUUUCUCAGAUAGUCUUGUCCCUUACUGCUCAAUGGACCACAAAGCCCUGUUGGUUGUGACCUUUUUGUGGCCGUUGGGGAAAGCUAUGCUGGAAAUGAUUUACGUGCUAACUCCUGUAAUCGUGCAACAGAUCUUCACUUGGGACUAACUUCAACUUGACUGGCGAAACGCGAUAUCCGAACUGUUGUCUUCCCUAAAAGAUUUUGUUAGGUGACAGUAUACGACGGGACUGAAUGGGCACCAAUACAGUGCAAUGGACGCCCAUUUUAAAGAUAGAUGCACAUCCGAUUCUUUCAAUAGAACUUAGAAGUAUUAAGGUUAUCGAAAAGUUCUGCACUCCGAUAACAGAACGCCUCAGUAUCUAGUACAUAGUACGUGAAAACGUUGACAGGAAGAGCUUUGUUUGUGGCCAUGGGUGAGCGCCGUGGGCGAGUACUAUUCUUGGACUUAACAGAUCCAGUGGGUUACUAUAGGAACAGAACCCUACUUUAGAGCGCGCACGGAAAGCCCGAGCCUUCUCCCCCAGCAUAAUGCAUGCCGUUUAGAGUAUGACUAGUUCCGUUUAACGACAUCUCACAAAAGUUUAGUCUGUAAGAGAAAUUUUAAUAAGGGCAACAACACUAGAUGGCUCUAACUCAUUCUUUUUCAUAGCUAAACAUCCAGCUGUAACGCUUUGAUCGGCCAACCCUAACAGAAUUGUAUCUAUGAGUUUGAAGGAGUGCCCGCCGAUUGGUGUGCUAUGUGUCUGCUGACGACUUUCGCUGCUUCAUCGCUAUAGCAACGGGAGAAUUUAGGUUUAUCGUCGAGACAUAGUACAUUCGCUAGAGUAUCAUUGCAGCCUGUGACGAAGCCGCCAAUACAUCACAGCGUCACUUAUCCAAUAGUAGUGAAACAGAGAAAACUUUUGCGUGUGGUUUACAGUCACUAAAAGAGAAGUGAAUCAACUGUGUAGUUAGCUCGACUAGCUUCUAGGGUAUAAGGAAUCGCUAGACGAUAGUUUAUGAUAGCCCUAUCAUGUCGAAUACGCUGCGGGCUAACUGUGUUGUCAUCGGUAUAUUUCAGUUUGAUAUAUAAGAAAACCUAGUUAACCAAUAGCGACUGGUACGACUUAAACAAUAGUGUCCCGUCUGUAUAAAUCAUUUGAAGAUAACAUCUGAAGUAGGAAUUGUCAGGAAUUUAAUGGAAAAAGCAUUAUAUUAAACUGCACUCACAUCUAAUUACCUCUUAGUUAAUCAAACGCGAAACUUAGACAAUGGGAUAACUUUGGUAAUUAAUGUACUCUCGAACAGAGUGAAUGAUAAACUUAGUGUAAUACACGUAUAUAUAUAUAUAUAUAUAUAAGUUGAUGAUAAUCAAGUGUUUUCACUGAGACUAAAGACUAGACAUCACAAACGAUACUUUUUGGAUUUUCUUUGCGUGAACGCGUGAUCUCGCUCUUUUAACGUCAGUCCACAAGCUUUGCCAUGUUGCGUGUUAACAUAGGAUUAUCGAUUUUUUCAUUAUCCGUAGGUGACUCGUACGUUGGCAAGACAUCUUUAGUCAGCAAUGGACCUUUUCCCAAAAACUACGAGAUGACACUGGGACUGAAUAUAUCGGUGAAAACGGUGAGAAUCCCGGAUACAAAAUACAAAGUCGAUAUAUUUGUGCACGAUUGUUCGGGGAAAAAAGUCUACGCGGAUCUUCUAGAAAGAAUGUGGACAGACGCGACACUUGUGGUUGUUGCUUACGACGUCACGUCAGAUAGAAGUUUUCGGGCAUCAAAGGACUGGUAUACAAGAUGUAUUAAAGCGAUUCAGGAGCAUCCCAUACUUGGAGCGCUCGUAGCAUGUAAAACGGACUUGGCAGAUCGGCGGACAGUGACCCCAGCCCAAGGAGAGUCAAUGGCCCGUGAGCUUGGCCUAAGAUAUUUUGAGUGUUCGACCAAAGAAGGCGCAAACGUCGAUGCGGCGUUUUUCUAUCUCGCCCACGAAUGGUACAAGCAGUAUAUUGAUAAGGUCGAUUUGUUUGCUACAGCUCAUCUCUAAACUUCAGCAUUAAGCGUCAAAAACUUUCUGUACAGUAAUAAAUUUAAAAAAAUAUGUUAAAAACCUAAAGAAAAUCAGAUAGAUAAAGAUAUAAUUGUGUUCGUUGUUUAGGUCUGCUGUAAAUAGUUUUCUUGUUUUUUCAGUUUUGGUCGAGUAUCGGAGUAAAUUUUUCGAUAUGGCACCGUCGUUAGGCAUUAGUCUCCAUUAGGAACUUUCACUAGGAAAAGAAGUACGCCUACAACUCGAUUCGAAUCUAGACCACCAUUAUGUGUGCACCUUAAGCACUUACUCUAUUUACUAUUAACUAGAAAACAACAUUGUAAAAUAAAUGUAUAUGUCACCAAUACAGGGUACAGUCUUCGUGAGGAAACGUUUAAGAUAUAGAA